UUCUCAUUCUUCUCUCUAUGGCACUGGGGAGUAAACAACGCACUUUCAAAGCAAUAAUUAUCACAGUGGAACAGAAGGACCGGUUUCAGUCUCAGAUUACAUUGACUUGAAACUGCCGGGAAAGGCACCUCUUCCUCUCUAUCCAUUGUGCUUGUGCCUAUUCUGACAGCUGAGAACUGUUCUUGCCAUCCGUGUCAAUAAAAAAGUACAUAAUUUUCCUGGAAAAAGAAGAAGAAAAGAAAAACUCUUUUACUGUCCUGCCUGUGGAUCUAUAAGUGAACUGAAGAAACUGAAAGCCUCAUCUGCUACUUCCCUUUAUCUUUGGGGGAAUUCUUGGACAAGUCCAGACAGUAGAAUCUUCAUGUCCGGUCCUUCCGGUGCUGCUGUCCGGGCAGCAGAAGAGGCCACGCCCCUGCAGUCGGUCCCCGGCUCCGGUCAACCGUCGAGCGGUAAAAAUGAAGCCCCCAAAAUCCGUCGCAACGACUACAGGAAGCUGGCCGUCGCCAGCAUCAUCUGCGGGCUCUCCUGUGUCGGCAUUAUUGCUUUGAUAAAUUCUGUCAAGGCACGCGAGAGGGCUUCGAGUGACCCCGAGAGCGCCCAGAUCUACGCUCACAGAGCCAGGCGGUGCAGCCUCAUCGCCUUCGCGGUGUGUUUCGGACUGCUGGUCUUCAUCCUGUGCCUGAUGGCGCUGGUGUCGUACCUCCUCACACUCAUAAACUGAUCACAGGGCGAGGAAACCUGCCUGUGGAUAACAUUAAUACUGACCUGCAUCUUUUAAAAAUCUUCCAGUGAACACUGUUUCUAUUCCAAGACUACAGGAGACUUAUUCAGACGCGGGCUGAGGCAGAGGGUUGAACAAACUCACUAUUCCAUCUGACUUUAUUUCAGCACACGUGUAGCCCAGUGAACUCGACUAUACUUGCGUAACUACAGGACAGUGUACACGGCUGGCAACUUUGGUGCUUGUACAUUUUGCACCCCUUUUCGCUCCAGUUUUUUGUCGGCACUCAUUGCAGCAUUCCCUUCAGGAGAGUGCAGACAAGCGUAAGCUCGCCUCGAAAGCAUGUGAUGUCAGCCAGUCAGGCUCACACACACAC